UCUCAAUGGGUAAAUUUGGGUUAUUGAUUUACACAAUUAUCUGUUUUAUCAUACCAAAUUCCGCACAGCUCGAUGACACCAAAACCUUCAUUGUAAGGAUCCAAAACGAGGCGAAACCAUCUGUUUUCGCUGAUGUUGAGCAUUGGUAUCAAGCAACUCUUGGAAGUUUGAGUUCAAGAAAGAUGAAUUCUGAAAAAACCACUGAUGAAAAUCCAAAUCAAGACUUCCUUCAUGUCUACAAAAAUGUUUUCCAUGGUUUUGCAGCGAAAUUGACUGUUCAAGAAGCCAAAGAACUUGAAGAACAUCCAAGCGUCAUGGCGGUUUUACCAGACGAAAUUCGUCAUCUUCACACAACUCGGUCGGUUCAGUUCAUGGGGCUCGUUGAUAAAGAACCGAAUUACCUCUUGAAGGAGUCUGAUUACGGUUCUAAUGUCAUUAUUGGCAUUUUGGACACCGGUAUUUCACCCGAAGAACCAAGCUUCCAUGAUCAAGAUCUCGGUCCAAUCCCAUCAGAAUGGAAAGGAGAGUGUAUGGAAGGUGAAAAGUUCACAAAAAAUCUCUGCAACAAGAAGUUGAUUGGAGCCAGAUAUUUUACUGCUGGGUAUGAAGCAAGCAACGACAUAAUCAACGCGUCGAAUGAUGUUAAAUCUUGUAUAGACACCAACGGUCAUGGGACUCACACAGCUUCGAUUGCAGCCGGAAGAAUGGUUCAAAAUGCUUCACUUUUUGGCUUUGCUAAAGGAGCAGCGGUUGGGGUUGCACCAAAAGCCAGAAUUGCUGCUUACAAAAUAUGUUGGGGAGAGAACUGUCAAGAAUCAGACAUACUCGCGGGCAUAGAUAAGGCGGUUGAAGAUGGUGUUCAUGUCAUAUCGAUAUCGCUUGGUGGCUCCAUUAGUAGACCAUUCCACCUUGAUCCUAUAGCACUUGGAGCUUUUGGUGCAAUGGCAAGAGGUGUUCUUGUUUCAGCUUCGGCUGGAAACAACGGGCCGGAUGAAAUGACCGUUACAAAUGGCGCACCGUGGAUCACAGCAGUCGGUGCAAGCACAAUCGACAGGAGGUUUCCGGCGGAUUUGGUGUUGGAUGACGGUACUGUGAUCACAGGGGCGUCUGUUACUAGUGGAAGAUGGAAAAGUGAUCCCACAAGUCAAUUUUUUCCUUUAAUUCAUGGAAAAGAUGCCUCAAAUACCCAAUUUAGAAACUCUAAAUCCGCCCUUUGCAUACCGGAGUCACUUGAUGAAGAACUGGUAAAGGGAAAGAUUGUGAUUUGUGACCGAGGUGGUAGUGGUCGAGUCAAGAAAGGUGAAGUCGUCAAGGAUGCUGGUGGCGUUGGGGUGAUCGUCGCCAACGUGGCUCCACAAGGUGAAGGAUUGAUAUCAGACUCGUAUACGAUUCCUGGAAUGUUGAUAACCGAGUCAGGACGUAACAAGCUUCUUGAUUAUAUAAACUCUACAAAAAAUCCCAUGGCUAAGAUGGUGAUUCGAGGAACGCAAAACGAGGUGAAGCCCGCACCGGUAGUUGCAUCCUUCUCAUCCAGAGGACCGAGUGCUGAUUCGGUUUAUGUACUCAAGCCGGAUGUAAUAGCGCCUGGUGUGGACAUCCUAGCCGCAUGGCCUAAGGAUGUGCCACCAAGCGAAUUACCAUCCGACACUCGACGGUCUAGAUUUAACAUGUUAUCUGGUACUUCAAUGUCAUGCCCUCAUGUGUCUGGUUUAGCCGCGUUACUAAAAGGUGCCUACCCGGAUUGGUCUCCGGCCAUGAUUAGAUCCGCAAUGAUGACCACAGCCUAUAUGGAGGACUCAGAAGGGAAGCCAUUACUAGAUGAACAAUCGUAUAACGAGUCAAGCGUAUGGAGCACGGGUGCAGGCCAUAUAGACCCUGGAAAGGCUGUUGAUCCAGGGUUGGUAUAUGACAUAACAGCGAAUGAUUACCUUCGAUUUCUAUGUGCAAUGAACUACUCAACCCAAGCUAUUAGACAAUUUUCCCCAAAACCAGUUAAGUGCAACCGAAAGCAUAAUAAUCCGUGGAACAUCAAUUACCCAUCCAUAUCAAUAGGAUACGGUUCAAGAGGGUCAUCAGUGGCAGAAGUUGUGGUCACAAGAACCGUAACUUAUUUGGGCGAAGGUGUAUCAACCUACAAUGCAACCAUGACAAGCCCAAAAGGAGCCAAUGUAACCAUAGAGCCGCAGACAAUGCGGUUUGCAGCAAAGGGUGAAAAACAAAGUUACACGGUUAAAAUUGUGUCUCAUAAGAAACUUGGCCCAUGGGGGAGUAUGGAGACACAAUUGGGUAAGUUGAUCUGGAGUGAUGGGAAGCAUAAUGUUGUGUCGCCUAUAGUUGUUGUUCACCAACAUUUGUUAUAAAAUUGUACAUCUAUCCGUGAACUAUGUGACAUGAUUAAAACUAAAAUUGUUCCGGUAUAAUACCGAAAAUAAAUCAAAAUCCAGGAAAAUUAAUAUUUUA